AUGGCAAUCACCAUCCGCGACAAUUCAAUCGGCAGCUCUCACCGGAGUUUCCUCAACCAGCUCGAACCGCAGUCCGAACGUGUCCCGCCGCCAGCGCCGAAACUAAGUAUGUGGCAGCGACUGGGCCUGUCACGAUGGCUUCACCGCGACGACAACUCUGGGUCAAGCUCCCCCACGAACGACCUCCGAGGAAAUCUUCACCGUCGUAUAUCUCGCAAAGUCGGCGCCGUUGGCCUCCAUCGACCGACCCGUCGUCGUAACUCGGAGCAACAAGAUCUGACAGAGUCCGAGCCGGAGCCCCGUCGUACUCAGUCCGCGGACCGCCGUCGAACACUGAGUGUACAGCGAACACAGUCGCCGGCACCCCUAAACAUUGCCCGACUUUCAGCCCCCGAGGUGAGCUCUUGGAACGAGCAGGUGUCUGUUCGAGCACCACGAGACGAUGAGUCCGCUCACGAUUAUUUGCGAGAUACUGCGACUCUGUCCCCUGUGGAUUCGGGACCAUAUAAUCAAUACGACAAUGCCAGUUUGCAAGUAGACGGCCUGGAGCAGGAGUUGGAGAGGAAAUGGAUAUUGAAUUUGAGCAUGCAUUUUCGAGAUAAGUCUGAGCGGGAGAAAUUUUUCGUCACAUAUGCAGAGAAGCCAAACCGAUGGCGGAGGGUUACGAUAUCGUGCGAUUACCGAGACGCUCCGCCAGACUCUUUGGAGCAGGAUUUAAAGGAGCUACAUUACCAGCGGGACAAGAGUGCCCGCAUCUACGAAUCGAUUCGCGAGUCCCUUCAGGAAAUCCAGUUUUAUGACACAGUCACCAAUCUCAAGCUGGAAACGAGUGAUGGCCGACUGCAUGUGCACGUAACGGAAGACGUGAACGAAACCAUCCCUUACCCGCCUAUUUCGAGCAUCCGCCAUCUUGGGUGCCGUCUAAUCCCAGAGUACGAUCUCAUUUUCGACUCCCAUCUGUCUGGGUUUGUAUAUAAGGUUCAGUUAGAUGGACGAGCUUAUAUCAAGAAGGAGAUCCCAGGGCCGGACACUGUCGAUGAAUUUCUGUACGAAAUCAACGCCCUCCACGCCCUGUAUGGCUCCAAGAGUGUUAUCCAAUUCGAGGGCAUCAUUGUGGACGCGCACCGCGAAAAGGUCAAGGGCUUGUUAAUAAGCUACGCGGAACAAGGUGCACUAGUGGAUGUGCUGUACGAUUUUCGCGGUCAGUUGCCUUUGGCACGGAGAGAACGUUGGGCCAGGCAGAUCAUACAGGGUCUGUGCGAGAUUCAUGAAGCUGGUUAUGUCCAGGGCGAUUUUACAUUGUCGAAUAUUGUCAUCGACGUGAAUGACAAUGCCAAAAUCAUCGAUAUCAACAGGAGAGGAUGUCCCGUGGGAUGGGAGCCACCCGAAAUUGCCGCCAAAAUAGAGAGCAACCAGAGAAUUUCCAUGUAUAUUGGCGUCAAGUCAGACCUUUUCCAGCUGGGGAUGACUUUGUGGGCAUUGGCAAUGCAAGAAGACGAACCGGAGCGCCAACCGCGCCCAUUAUUCAUACCAGUAGAUAUCAAAAUACCGGAUUACUAUAGAAGGGUUAUUGCUCACUGUCUCAGCGAUCGCCCACGAGAUCGACUAUCUGCAAAGGAGCUCUUGGCUAUGUUUCCGCCAGAUGCCAAAGAGCAGCCUGUCAUGCCCCCAUGGGGACUCCAAGCCCCAGCCAUCACUGUGCCCCCAGUUUACGAUUCAAUCCAGUUAGAUGCUCCGCCACACUCGGUUUGCCUCGAUGAGGACCAUCACGCUAACCGGCCAAGCGUAGUCUACGUGACCCCCGCUGAAUACGAGCAGGAGAUCGAUUAUCCACCUCGCGGUCGUCGACCAUCAUCUACCCACCAUCUGCCCCCCAGCGAUUACCAACCCUCGACGUAUCUUCCUUCAAGUGCUUCUCCAAACCCAGAUGGUCGACGAUCUAUUUCUCAGAGUGACUUUGAAUUCAACAGACCUUCGCCCGAAGUCCGCGUUGAACCUCGAUUCGAAGAGGUUGAAGUUAAUGGAACUCAGUAUCUGGUGAACCCAGACAUGUUCUCCGUAGAGGAUUUCGAGGCUCUCAGGGACAAUACUCACGAGCCGCACGACUCGCAGGAGUUGCAGAGUGGGCGCAGUUCCAAUCUCAGUCGCCCUGUUGUACCGUCCUCAGUAGGCGACAGUGGCAAAGAUGCCGAUGUUGACCGAGAUUCCAGUGUUGAUUUGCAGUUACAUGCAGUCAGGACCAAAAGUAACGAAGAGUCUGGGAAUCCUAAAAAUAACGGCUCUCCAUCAGAUUCACGUGAUAUCAAGAAGCCAGUUCCAUCCACCGCAGUGUCACAUCUUCCGGCACAUUCAUUAGAUUCAUCUCUUGACAAGCAACAAUCCAAGACAACUCCUACUCCCAAGAUGUCAGCCCAGUCAAACACGAACAGCUCCUCUGCGGCAUCGCAGGAUACCAAAACGCCUCGAGUCAGCGAAAACUACAUAACACGGCCUCAGACCGCUGCCGAAGAUAGCAAUAAGCAACAAGACACCUCGCUACUUGGUUCCCGGCUCCCAAUAAAUCCUGCCCUUCCACAGGUAUCACUGCCAACGGUGAAAAGCGGAAAACCAGCGAGCAACCUGCCACCGAUAUCUUACCUCAUGGACUCGGUCUUGCCUAUCAACCCGGCUUCAUAA